GAAUUGUCUACCGAUUUUCCACGUCUGGCGCCACGUUUCGGCGAGAAUACCGUCCCCACAACCUGCACAAUUGGGGUCUCCGGAGCGGGACAAAGAUCGAUCAAACGUUUUUCCUCUUACGAAUGCAUCCUCGCGGUAACUUCUCGGACGGACGGAGCUAAGGUGGCCUCGCGGCUCGCCUUGGACUGUCGCAGCUCGGCGAGGCCUCGUAAGAGGGUCACGUGACCGAGUCGGAAGAAUGGGCCGAUCGGCGAGGGUCCCCUCGGUCUUCCCACGGGGUCCAUCCGAGUGCGGGCGCAUUUCCGAGGCUCGUGAAAGUGCCCGCUUUCACGACUCGUUCCUCGCGGGACAAUAGAGUCCUCUGGCCCGCGAUCAGGUCGUUUUCCGACCUCGGUAAGAUCGGCAGGUCGCCCGGCACUCUCGGCCCAAUGAGAAAGAGUCCCGAAGUAACGAUUGCUAAUCCUUGUGGGACGAUUAAUCGCGAGAAAGCGCGAGAGAGACGAUUCGCCGCCGAGAUCGGGCAGCCAGCUCGUCCCGCGUCGUCCGCGGGGCCGCCGGGCCACAAGUUCUCAUCGAGAAAUUAACGGGGACGCCCUCGUUAAAUGGACACAGAUGUGCCGCCCAUCCUGCUGCCGUGCGCGAUCUGCGCGCGGACCUUCAAGCCGCAGUCGCUGGAGAAACAUGCCAGGAUCUGCGAGCGAACGGCCGUCAAGAGACGCAAGCCCUUCGACUCCGCGAAGCAGAGGAUCCAGGGGACCGAGCUCGCGGAAUUCCUGCCGAAGCAGGAGAAGAAGCGGCCCUACCACGAGGACCGGACUUGCAAGCCCUCCUCCUCCUGGAAGCAGACUCACGAUGAGUUCCUUCGUGCCAUCCGCGCCGCUCGAGGAGAUUCUGUCGACUCUAAGGUACCACCAGCGAUUUCGACGGGUGCUCCCACCCGUGCCAACGAAAAGGGGAUGUGUCCCACGUGUAAUCGCCAGUUUGGAAUCAAAGCCUACGAUCGUCACGUUGCGUGGUGCAAGGAGCGUGCCACGAGACUUCCGGUGAGCCCGGCUACAAACGUCGCCAAGGAACGACUCGAGGCUCGUAUGAAGUACCGAGCACCAGCCAUGAGAAAUAGGCGACCAACAAACCGGGAGAAAUACGCCCCCGGGUCAGCCAUCAAUUUAAGCACCGGCAACAAAACGUCACCAACGUCAUAUACGAGCAGAGCGAAGGAGAGCGUAUCGUCUCCCAACUGCAACAAGAUAAGCGACAGUCCGGGAAAGACGAAACCGUCUCCCGUAAGACGAUCCGGACAUAACCGAGAGCCGCCUGUUACCUCCAGUGCCAACAAGUCAAGGCUGACGAUGGAUCAUUCAAUCAGGACUCGUGAUCCACCGCUUCGACCUGUCUGGAGUAAUUAUCUUCGAUCUGGUCCGGACUUUAAUUUCGUACUUAACGAUAGAAUCAAUGUACGAAAGGAUUAUGAUCCUUUCCUCCUUGCGGAACGCCAGCUGAACGAGCUUCUCUCGGAUACAAGCGAGUCCUUACAGGAAGGUCCUCGAGAACGGAAUACAUCCGAGUCGUCCUCUAAUUAUCCUCUUUCCCAUUCUUCAGCCUUCGCCAAAUACCCUGCCCCACCAUCCUCGGUGACAAAUAAGCGCACCUCUUUGAUCGCACCUCCUACAGAAUUCGACGACCUUAUGUCAGACUUCUCGAGUGAUUCCACGGAAACCAAUUCUAUCUCGAAGGAGGUCAAACUAGAGAAUCAUUCUCGCGCAAAGGAGACUAUCGAACCGCAUAGGUCCCUGAACGUCUCCACGAGGCUCGUCGUCCUCGACAAAUCUAAGCCGUUCACCGUGAACGAACACGAUGAAGCGAACGGCAACCGCGGUCGGAGUUUCAUCAAUUCCGUAGAAAAGUCGCGGAAAAUCCUGGAAAAGGUCACCCCCAAGGUCAUGCGACCUACGGUCUCCCGCUGCAAUUCGGUCAGAGCCUCGUCUGCGCCUAAGGGACCAGAAAGAAAAGACUCCAUCAGAAGUUCUGUAAAGAAAGCCUGCCCUAAAACGACAAACUAUUCGAAAACAAAUUCCACAGCUAGGAAUAAUAAUUACAAUGUACUUUCUGAGAGUAACUUAAGUCUGAGUUCUAUAGUCUCCUCGGACGUCGACAUUAAACGAUCGAACUCUAUGUUUGACGAAUUAACGAGCUCCUUCGAAGAAGACGUAUCCUCGUUUCCUUCUCUAAGAUCCUUUCUCAAAAGUAAUUCCAUGUCCGUCCCUAGUCCCAUUCAACAUAGUCAACAGCGAAACGGCCUAGUCAGCGACGAGGAAUUGUCUUCGCCAGAUAGCUACAAACGUCAGGAUCACGGCAAGAUCAGUGCGGAUUCAGCAUACAGCAGCUUAAAUCGCAAAUACUUCAACCAUGGAUGCAGCGUAAAUGACGGAGGAAGUCGUCUCGAUGAUGACAUUGGAUCCGGCCCUCGUGACGACACAGGGACCCCAGUCAAGUACAAAAUGUCAAAAUUCUGUCACGAGUGUGGCUCGAAGUUUCCUGAAACCGCGAAAUUCUGUUGUGAGUGCGGCAUCAAAAGACUUGCACUCUGAAGACAAAUCAGGUGCUUUGUCCCUGUCAAUGAAGUCUUUAAAUUGAUUUGUAAAGUAACUUUCCUCUGUUUAACCGACAUUAAAAUUGGGUCUGCCAGGGACAGCAAAAACUGUAGACAAAAGCAGCAAUGACCAUGAUAAAAGUCGAGAAGAUUGAUAUUUAUCAUUGUUUCGAAUUAAUGGACAGAUUCUUAUGAUCAAAUACGUGUACAUUCACUUUAUAUUAUCAUUACAAAUAAGUUAUUUUUUUAGAUGACUUAUAAUUCAUAUCCAGAUAUGUGCAAUCAUACAUAUCUGUUUGACACCUAUCUUGUGGAAUGUACUUGAUUUUCUCACUUUCUCGACUAGAUUGUUCAAUGUUGGAAAUUUGAUGAAAUAUUUAUAGCUUUUGUUUCAUGAAUUACGAGUACAUACAGUUUGUUUACUCUUCUAAAUAUACAGUGUAAGUUUUAUAAUUUUGUAUGAUGAAGCUUUAUAUAAACUGUCAUACAUAGUUCACUUAAAUAACGUGUUUAGUUUAGUAUAGUGAAUAAAAUAACUGUAGUAUUAGUAAUAAAUAACUGAAUGAUUAUUUCAUUAUGAUUCAUUAAUACUAUAAAUACAUAAAAAUAAUGAAUUUACAUGUAACUAUACUUGACUGUUAGUGAUAAUGGAGAAAACUAUUGUCAUUAAAUAUUCAUAAUAAUUAACCCUUUGGCCUAUAACCACGAGUCUGACUCGUGGCAAAGUCACGCAAUUGGCAUAUAUCGUAUAGGCCAAGGGGUUAAUGUCAUAAAAAUGCUUAUAUAAUGAAUGCAGGAAAAAAAUGUCAAGUUUCAACAAUCCUUUCUACUAUUACUGUCCAACAUUGUUAUUUCUAAAUUAUUUUAAUACUCGCGUAUAAUACAUCGUGUUUAAAUUUUUCUUAUAAACAAGAUUAAGUUUAUAUUGAUGGAUCUUCAACUUUGUAGCAUGCUUAAAUUGUAACUAUAAUUUUUCUAUAUAAAAAAGUUUAAUGUGUGAUAGGAAAAGGUAAUAUUGCUGGUUUUUGGAGGUUUAUAAUACCAAAGAAAAGUUGCAACUUAUGUCGUUUUUAAAUUAAUAGCUGCUUUCAAAAAACCUACGAGGCUAUCAAUAUGUUGUAAUAAAAGUAUUUUAGUAUCAAUAUAUUGUAGUAGUAUUACUAAAGUGUAUUUUUUACAAGUGCAAUAAAGUUAUGCUUCGAUCUUCAACUUAA